AUGACGAAGCGCAAUUUGUGGUCGUACGAGGAAACACUCGAAAUGUUGAACAUAAUGCUUGAGCAAGAAAGUCUGAAAGCCAUGAACAGGAGACCGUUUCGAAAGGAUAAAGCUUUCCGCCUGGUGUGUGAGGAAAUGGUGCACCGCGGUUAUAACACAAAGGACCCCAAACAGAUAGAGAAUCGAUGGAAGAAUCUAAAGAAACGAUACAUGGACCUGGAGAAGGAUCCAAAAAUGGGGGAAAGCAAUCCAUUCCAGUUUUACAAUUUGAUCGAUGUGUUGAUGAAAGGUAAACCGCCGCCACCACCACCACUACCACAAUCCCCACCAUCCCCACAAUCGCCAGCCGCCCCUAAGUCGAAGCUGUACGCACUGAGCAUCUGCAGAGUUGAUCAGAAGCCACGCGUAGACGCAGAGGAAACAUUUGACGAACCAGAAGAGCCGACUCAGGACGAUUGUGAGGAUGAUCAUAUAAAGAAUGAAACAAUCGAAGAAACAGUAGCCGAAUCAACCCAACAUAGCAUUACGAGUACCCCGAGACGUUCUAAGCGCUAUAGAAAACGGCCAACAUUGUCGUAUCGUCGAAAUGAAACGCCAAAAACAAGCUUGCCAACGUACAAACUGGCGACCGAAGAAGAGGCUUUUCGCAAUCAGAAAAAGUUAAUCGAUUAUCAGUUCGGAUUGUACAGCAAAGCGCAGGAAGAGUCGGACCAAAAGUUUUUAAACAUGAGUCGUCAAAUGCUAGACGAAUGCAAUCAAAAAUUUCAAUGUUUCUUAGAUAAGUUCGUGUCGGGAUCGUAA